AUGACGGAGGCGGAAGUGGGUUGGGGAGGAUGUAACGGCGGUGACAGCGGCUGCGGUGCCGCCGCGAUCUCCCCGCCCCUGCAGCCAACCGGCUCCGCCAUGGAGGUUCAAGAUGCUGGACAAGAGAUGGUGGCGUCUUCUGUUACACCAGGAUCAGGGAAAUCAAAGCUGGACAUGUUGCCCAAAGAAGAUCUCAUCAAGUUUGCAAAAAAGCAAGUGAUGCUUAUACAGAAAGUGAAGUCAAGAUGUACAGAACUAGAGAAAGAAAUUGAAGAGCUCAGAUCUAAAGCAGCUACUGGAGGAGCUGAUGAUAUUAUUCAGGCUCUCACAGAAAGACUGGAUGUUGUGCUUCUGGAAAAAGCUGAAAGUCAGCAGCAGUGCAUUGCUCUGAAAAAAGAGAACACUCAAAGAAAGCAAGAAGCAGAGGAUGCAGUGGCUAAGACUGAAGAAUUGCAGAAGCAACUGGAGCAAACGAGUAUUGACUGUCUGGAAGAAAUAAGAGCUCUAAAGAGUGAAUUAGCAAAUGCACAAUGCAAACAUAAUGAGGAAUUAACAAAGCUGAAAACAGAAUUAGAGGAACAAGUGAAGAAACAGAUGGAGCUGGUGGAACAGGUUGAAUGUCAUAGUGAUAGUCAAAAAGAAGUAAAAAGAUUGCAAGAUGAUGUCCAAAGAAUUAAAUCUACUUAUGAGGAGCAAAUUCUCUGUUUGAGCAAGCAGCUGGAAACUGUGAAUGAUGACAAAAGCAAAGAAGUGGCAAAUUUACAAGAAACUAUUGACAGCAACUCCCAGUCUUACCAUAAUGAAAUAAAAAAUCUGAAUGAAGAGCUGAAAAAAUUAAAAAGUGCCCAUCAGGAAGAGGUGUCAGAGCUGAUGCAUCGGAUUGAGCUAUCAUCUAAAGAAAAUGAAGAAAAGCAAAAUCAGAUAAAUCAGUUACAGCACAGUUUGGCAGAAGAGAGAUUAAUAAGAGAAAAAAAGGCAAAGGAUGAGAUGUGUGCUCAUACUGACCAGCGUGAAUAUGACUUGGCUCAGUUGAGAGAAGUCUUGAAUAAAAAUGUGGGAAACAAAAUGGAUAUUGUAGAUACACAAGAAGAGCUUUGUGUAGAAGCAAAAAUGGAAGAAAAGAUCAGGCAUCUGGAGCAUAGUUUGGAAGAGCUCCAAUCCCAACAUAGUAUAUUAAAAGAUGAGUUAACUUACAUGAGUAAUGUUAAACUAAAACUGGAAGAGGAAAUGCAUCGUGUAAAGGAUGAGUAUUUUCAUGAGCGGGAAGACUUGGAUUUUAAGAUAAAUGAAUUGCAGCUUAGUAAAGAAGAUUACUGUUGUGUAAUUGAAAAACUAAAAUCAGAGCUUCAAGCAGCAAGGCAGCACUGUGAAACUGCUAUAAAAGCACAUAAGAUAGAGACUGAAACACUGAAAGAGCAACAUCAGAGAGAAAUUUCAGAACUAAAUGAAACGUUAUUAUCAGAUUCUGAAAAAGAAAAGGUAGCAUUAGUUUUUGAAAUUCAGGAACUUCGAGAACAACUUGAAACGCUAACUCAGGAGAAAGAAGAAGCAGUGUCCAAUUACAACAGCCUGAGAGAAACAAUGGAAACUCUACAGACUGAGUUAGGGGAAUCUGCUGGAAAAAUCAGCCAGGAGUUAGAAUCAAUGAGACAACAGCAAGCUUCUGACGUCAGCGAAUUGCAACAAAAACUCCGGGCUGCUUUCAAUGAAAAGGAUGUUCUUCUUGAAACUGUGAAUCGCCUCCAGAAAGAAACAGAGAAGUUGUCAGCUAACCAGCUAGAGUUAGAAGAACUUAAAUGUAAAAUUGUUAGUCUUCAGGAGGAGAAUAACACUAUAACAAGCUCCAUGGACCAAAAAGAGACUGCUAUGAAAGAACUGGAAGACAAGAUCAUUGCUCUUACUGAUCAAAACAAGGAGAUCUUAAACCAAGUAAAAUGUUUGAGUGAAGAGAGAGAAACACUUCAGGAAAGAUGCAUGCGAGAAGAAGGAAAAGUUAAAGAACUUCAGCAAGAGGUAAAUGUUGCUAACCAGGACAAUAGUGACCUGAAGAAAAAGGUGGAGGAAUUAACAGAAAGACUGAAUGAAGCUUUAACUAGGAAGAGUGAAAAUGUUCAAACACUAGAUCUACUGGAAAACCAGAUUGAAUCUCUAGUGCGUGAAAGGGAGAACCUUUCCUCUGAAGCAUAUACUCUUCGUGAAGAAAACAAUAAAAUAAUUCAGGAAAAAGGUGAAUUAAGUCAAGAGCUGAAAAAGAUGACAGCUGAAAAAGAUGGUUUGCUAGUGUUGAAAGAGCAAUUUGAAAACUUGGAAAAGAAGCUACAAUUGAUGGCUGCAGAAAAAGACCAUGUAUCAGCAUUACUUGAAGAUGAACAAGCGCACAGAUCCCUUGUAAGAACUCAGCUGUGCCACUUACUUGAGCAAGUGGGAUCCAGUGUUUCAGGUGCUCAGGAAGAAUAUGAUUCUCUGGACUUGUUACAGAUGGCAAAUGAGUGCUUGGCAAAAAUAAAAGAAGAGCAGUGCCUUGCUGUGCAGAACAAGGAGGAAGUUCUUCAUUUGCAGCAGGAAGUUGAGAGACUAGUGGAAGAAAAUGCAUCUCAAUACACAGAACAUAGAUACCACUUUGAAAAGGAAAAGGAUCUCUUAAGAGAAGAAUUGGAAGGAGUGUUGGCUGAAAAAGAAGCGCUCCAGCGUGAUAUCCAGGAGCUGAAGAAUGCCAGUGAAAAAACAAUGACUGAAAAUCAAGAUCUUUUAGCCAAUAUUAAAGAGAUCACUCAAAAACUUGCUACUUAUGAAAGCCAAAUACAGGACCAGCAAAAAGGAUCAGAAAAACAAGGCAACUUAAAUUUCAUUCUGGAACAAAAGGAAACUGAACUUAGAAAUGUGAAAGACGAACUGAGUUCUCUAAAGAUUUCGAUGGUGACAUUGACUGAGAAAACCGAUCAACAGUCUUCAGUAGCAGAGCUUCAAGAAAAAAUUGAAAUGCUGGAAAAAGAAUCUGCAGAAAAAGGAGAGAAGCUAAAUAAAAUUAAGGUGGUUGCUGUGAAAGCAAAGAAAGAAUUAGAUGCCAGCCGAAAAGAGACACAGGCUCUGAGGGAAGAAUUGGAGUUGGUUCGAUCAGAAAAAGAUCAGUUGUCUGCUUCAAUGAAAGAUGUCAUUCAAGGAGCUGAAAGCUAUAAGAAUCUUUUGGUGGAAUAUGAUAAACAAGGUGAACAACUGGAUUCUGAAAAAGACAGAGCAAAUAAUCUUGAACAUCAGAUAGAGGAGCUCACAAGACAGCUACAGGCAUCAUCCCAGCAGCAUGAUCAGUUACACUCUGCUAAUGAAGACCUCCUGGCUCGUGUUGAAACACUGCAACACAAUGCUAAGCUGCUGGAAACACAGCUACUGGACUUACAAAGAGCCAAGGCAAAGGCUGACAAAGAACUGGAAGCUGAAAAGCUUCUAAAAGAACAGAAAACAAAGGAACAUAGUGGUGCUCUCCGAGAAAUGGAGGAGCUUCAGAUGCAACUUCAGAAGGAAAAGAAACAUCUGCAGAAAACAAUGCAAGAACUAGAGCUGGCCAGAAAGGAUGCUCAGAAAAGUACACUGAUGGAUAUGGAAAUAGCUGAUUAUGAAAGACUAGUAAAAGAACUUAAUCAGAAGAUUACUGAUAAAGACAUCAAAAUAGAAGAUCUUGAGCAAGAAACAGCAAUUCAGAAACAGAAGCAAGAGACCCUGCUGGAAGAAAUAAAGUCACUUCAGUCAACUAUGCAACAGGAUGAGGAAAGAAAUGCCAAGAUUAAACAGCUCCUGGUGAAAACAAAAAAAGAACUGGCUGAUUCAAAACAAGCUGAAAAUGACCAUCUAAUGUUGCAGGCAUCACUGAAAGGGGAACUUGAAGCCAGUCAACAACAAGUGGAAGCGUAUAAGAUCCAAGUGGCUGUGCUAACGUCAGAAAAGCACAAAGUUCAGGAACAGCUGCGAACUUCUUCAGAGCAACACCAGCGUACCUUGAGUGCUUACCAGCAAAAAAUUGCAACCUUGCAGGAAGAGUGCAGAGCAGCCCAGGCUGAACAAGCAUCUGUUACAUCUGAAUUCGAGAGCUACAAAGUCCGUGUUCAUAAUGUUCUAAAACAGCAGAAGAAUAAAUCUGCUGCUCAGACAGAAUCUGAAGGAGCCAAACAAGAAAGAGAACAGUUAAAAACAGUGAUAGAUCAACUUAAAGUUAAACUGCAAGAUGCUCAGCAUAAUUCACAGCUGAAUGCCUCUGAACUCCAGGCACUGCAGUCUGAACACGACACCUUGCUGGAAAGACACAAUAAGAUGCUGCAAGAGACUGUUGCAAAAGAAGCAGAACUCCGUGAGAAGCUCUGCACAAUACAAUCUGAGAACAUGGUUAUGAAAACAGAGCAUGCCCAGGCAUUGAGUCAGCUGACAGCCCAGAAUGAAGCUCUCCGGAACAAUUUCAGAGAUCAAGUCAGGAACCUGCAGGAAGAGCACAGGAAGACAGUAGAGACACUUCAGCAGCAACUGUCCAGAGUAGAAGCUCAGCUCUUCCAACUGAAGAGUGAACCAAGCACCAGAGGUCCAGCUGUUUCAAAUCCAGCAACAAAGAACUUAAGAGAACGGCGAACUGCUGACCUUCCUGUUCUUGAUGUGCACACAGUAGCUAGGGAAGAGGGAGAAGGCAUGGAAACGACAGACACAGAGUCUGUCUCUUCAGCUGUCACUUGUGUACCAUCCUUGGAACAACUUCUGAACUCCCCAGAAACAGAAGGAAAACUUGAACCAUCUCAGUGGCAAACAGAACUCACCAAGGAUGAACUGAUUCAGAAACUAAACACAACAGCAAAAAGUGUUGAUCACUUGAAUGAAUUACUUCGUGACUCAGAAGCAACCAAUGCAAUCCUAAUGGAACAAAUAAAGCUUCUUAAGAGUGAAAUAAGAAGAUUGGAAAGAAAUCAAGAGAGAGAAAAGUCUGUGGCCAAUCUAGAAUACCUGAAGAAUGUUCUAUUGCAAUUCAUAUUUCUAAAAUCAGGAAGUGAGAAAGAAAGGCUUCUCCCGGUAAUAGACACCAUGUUGCAGCUCAGCCCUGAAGAGAAGGGGAAGCUAGUUGCAAUUGCCCAAGGUGAGGAAGAUAGUACCUCCCGGGCCUCUGGGUGGGCUUCCUACCUUCAGAGCUGGUCAGGACUGCGAUGAGAUCUUGAAACACAUUCCACACUGGCAAAAAAAGGAAAUAUUAAUAUGGAAGAACAAUCUGUUGGUGUUGUAGCAUUGAACUACAGGUUUUUAUUUAUGUGUGUUAUUUUCAGCUUUUUACAUUCUUUUAAGGAAGAAGUCCUCAGUAUCUGAAAAACUGUCCUAUAAUGUGCUUUGGCGGCAGAGAACUUAAUCCUCUUGUAAGUGUUAAAAGCUGAUGAUCAGAAGUAUAAUGAGAAAUGACAAAUUAAUUGUGAAUUGCUUGGAAACAGAAUUUGAACCUUUGGCACAUUUGAUAUUGAUAUAAAAACUUGAUCUAAUAUAGUAACUGGAAUAACUAGACUUCAGCCUUCAAGCAUUUUGAAGUGUUUACAGUUUGUUUCACAUAUUUUUGUCAGCUGACUAAUUUAUAUGGUUGGAGUGGUUCUCUGCAAGUUGAGGAAGUUAUUUCUUCUCUGGUGAUACUUCGAAAAUGUAAGAUCAGUAAGAAACAGAAAUGGCAUUUUCUGCUUUGACUUGACUACAUUUUUAGGUUUUUUUUCUUUUUUUAGUUGCAAAAGCUGGAUUGAAAAUAUGAAGGCAGUGGUCCACAAAAUGUAGAGGGGGCCUAAAACUAUAUGAAGUAUAAUGCUUGGCACAUCUAGGGCACAGUACUGUAGUAUCUCUAUUACUGUAUUAGUGCCACUGUAUUAGUGGCAUCUAUGGAAAUCUUGGGAUAGUACAUCAAGAAUCAGCUGUGUGAGCUGUAGCUUUGGGAGAAAGACCUUGAGCUAUGGCUUUUUACCUUGAGGUUCUAAGUUUGUGUUCAAGACUAGGAAGAAAUGUUUCAAUACUGUUGUGAUGCCUGUACUUACAUGAAAAGGCUACUCAGUCAUACUGAAGACACUAAAGAAUCUGAGUCUGUAUGUCAGACUCCUGACAGUAACUUGUGAGAAAAAAGGACAGAACCUUUGUCCAUAGAUGCAUCUUUUAAAUGUUCUGAUGACUGAAGAUGUACUCUUCUCUCACUUCUUGGUUUUUGCACAUGUCAUUUGCACAAAUCUUAUGCACAGACAAGAUGAUGUCUGUUCCAGGUUGUUGAAUGUUUGGGGCUUUUUCCAGGCAAAAUACUUCUCUGCCAUAGAAUAACUUCCUCUGUUACCAACACAACUCCUUCUUCUUUUACUCCUUUCUAGUUUAUGUUGUCUUUGAUCAUCUUAAUUUAUUUGUAAGUUAUUAAAAUGAAUGCACAUGUUUUUAAACCCUGGUUACCUUUCAAGAAGACCCUUUCCAUCUUUUUCUCAGUGUUUUCUUGCUCUCUCUGCUGUUUUACACUGAAUCAUCCCCUGGUGUAGAUACCAGUAUGAAGUAGUAUUCUUACUUGUAUUCUUACUUUCCUGUCUUUCUUAUUUAAGCCCCUGAGGAAACUAUAGGCAUUCCUUUAAUAUUACCUUAUUCAUAAAUCUGGACAUAAAAGCAGCAGAAAGGCAGCACAGAUUAAGAACAAAUUGUUCAGUAACUGUGCUUUUGGUUGAUUUUUUUAAUUACUUUUUUUUUCUUGCUUAUAUUUCUGUUCAGAAUCAACAAAGCCAACAGGCUUUAUUUAGAUACUUUACUUCCAAAGCCUUAAGCACUUUUUUUUUUUCUUUUUUUUCUUUUUUUUUUUUUUUUUUUCAAUCAGUGUGUGUUCUAACUGGAAUCUUUACAGUUUGUGUUGCUAGUGAAAACACUCCUUAGGGGUCACUGAACCAAUAAAUGGUAGUGUGGGGAUGAGUCUUUUAAGUAUCAGUACUUUGGAAAUGUAGAUAGUAAACAUAAGGCUACGUUUAGGUUUUCUUGCAUUUGCUUUUGAAACUGUUACCAUGUCUUCAGUGUUUAUGAUUUGCUCCACAUCUUGGAUGCUAAAUUCUAACUCCUUAUUUGCAGCUGGUUUGCUUAGUGGUGCUCAACAGAAUGCCAAAACAGAGAGACAGUAGAGAUCUCAAAUAUGCAUGAAAAUAAGUACAAGUCACUCUCCUGCUGUGACUUCAACAAUGGAAGCAUGUGAGUGCAAGGGUACGGACUUUGCCUUUCUUAGUUUGAGCUCCCUUUGCAGCUGACAUGAUUUAGUCUAUUCUGCAUGUCUGCUCAGCUAUCUCAAGAGCUGUGACAAGCUAGUUUCCAAAUACACAUAUUUCAGAACUGUAGAUUUAACAUUGUAAGCUGUGAAUAAAUGUGUGCAAGUAACAUAUAUCACUGGCUAUACUAAAUGCCAGUUGCUUAUUGACUUAUUUAGGUCUGAGUUGCAUGGUCACUGUUUUUUGUUAAACUCAAGAAUUGUACUUAUGAAUGUAGUGGUCACCUCUUGCAUUACUAUAUAGAUAUAUAUAUUUUUUUUUACAGUGAAAGAUUAAGAUCUUAAUUAAUGUAAAGAUAUUUUAAUAACUGCUAUUAAGCUUUGUUCUGUUGCUAAGAUUGUCAGAACUUACUUUUGUGGCAAUAAACUGUCUGUAAACAAAUUUAUCAAAGUUUAAUAUGCACUUGCAGUAAAUGGCAUAGAAGAAUGUGGACUGGAAGCAGGAUUACUUGGCAUAGAAAACUUUUUAUAUGCCAUAUAUUUGCAUUUGUAAUGUGCAGCACUGUAGCUGGGAUUUGCUUUCAAAAAGCAAUAUAAAAUUGUAACUAGUAGUGCUGCAUCUUGAUAUACUAUGGUGUUCUUUUUGGAAGAGUACUGUGCUUACUUUCCUUUCAGGUUCUUUUGUUUGUUUCGGGUUCUUUACAGUCCCAUAUUUUGUUAGGAUGUUUCCCAGAAAAUGUAACCCCUGCCCGAAGUGUUUACAAGCUUAGGACCAAAUUUUACUCUUCUAUCACCUUCCCUUCAACCCAAUCCUGAGAAGGGCAUAAUUAAAAACAACCCCAAAAACAACUCUCUUGUCGCUGUGUAGAGUAUAUAUUAAUUAAAAGCAAAUAAUGGGAAUGAUUUUGAGUACACAGACCUGUGUGUGCACUGUACCUGCAUUUGUAAUUACCUGUACUGGCCAUACUGGAAACAAGUCAUGUGCCAUCUGUCUUCCCUUUACCCAGGAGGGAGAUGCAUCUGUAUAAGCAGAAUGUGUUCCAUUUGAAAGACAGAAAGGCCAGAGUUUGUCAGGCUGCAGUUUAGGUAUGGCCAGUGGGUUCUGGGAUUCAGCAUAGACAAGGGGAAACCAUGUUAGAAGUGAUGCAUGGGAGAGCAGAGUUGGUUUUUUAAUUUUGUGGCCCUUUUUCCCCAAAACAUAAUUGAGUGUAUACAUUGUUAGAUUAUUUUCUGAAUUUAAGCCUUCCUCUGGUUAUCACCCUGCUUCUUUUUUCUUUGAUAACUGCCAAUAUAUCCUGGAUUUGUGAGGGAUUAUUAAAAAACUCUCUGUUAGUUUAUUCUGUGUUUUUGAAGGCAACUUUACUGCCUCUGCUUCAUUUGGCACAUGCCUUGGCUUUGCCCAGUGCACCAGUUCUACCCUGCUAGUUCUACUGUUCCUGGUACUGUGAAAAUACCUCCCUUAGGAGCCUUGCAAAUAGAAGUUACCACCCACAAGUUGAGGAACCAAAUGUAUGAAGAGGUAAAAAUAUAUUUGUUACAGUAAUUUCAGAAUUGCUAGUCUAAAUAGAGAAAUUUUUUGGUUGGAAAUAUGUCUUAGGCCUUUUCUUGAGGCCAUCACUUGAAUAAAAAUCACUUUUACCCAA